ACUCGAAGUUUGUCUCUCAGCUUUUGUCCCAAACCCUCGACUCUUCUGCUCCCAGUUCAGCUGACGACCGCUUUCAACUUUUAAAAAAUACAGUUCUCAUAUUUCUCCCCUUCCAUGUCCUCUGUCUGUCUGUCUGUCUGUCCCUCUCUGUCUGUCCCUCUCCAGCUGACAAGAUGUUGAUGACCGAUCUGUUGAAAGCUGAGGAGAUCAAGAAAGCUCUUGAAGUCUUCGCAGGAGAAACAUUCGACCCCAAGAAGUUCUUUGAAAUGGUGGGAAUGAAGGCCAUGACAGCGGAAGACGUCAAGAAGGUCUUCCAGGUUCUGGAUGUGGACGGCAGCGGCUUCAUAGAGGAGGAGGAGCUCAAGUUUGUACUGAAGAGAUUUUCCAAGGAGGGCAGAGAUCUGACCGACUCUGAAACGUCAGCGUUCCUCAAAGCUGCAGACAAAGAUGGAGACGGAAAGAUCGGCAUCGACGAGUUCGAGGUCUUGGUGCAUGAGUAGGGGAGAUCUGAACAUCUCUCCUUCUUCUUCUUCUUCUUCUUCCUCCUCCUCCUCCUCCUCCUCUUCGUCCCUGCAUUCAUAUUUUGUAAACUGCCACCUUCAAACUCCUGUCAGCUUCCUGCGGACCCUCAGAUGGAGUCAGACCAGCCCCGCUCUCUCUGAACCACCACAGCAAAAGAGUUUAAUGUGAGGAAGAAGCACAACGGCACCAGUGGCACUUUUCAGUUUUUAUAUAUAUAUAAAUAUAAAAAUCUAUUUAAUCGCACAUGCUGUCUGGGUUUCAGGAUGACGGUAGUUUGUGGUACUAACAGGUGGUGCUAGUGCUGUAGAUGGUGUGUAGAUGUAUUAAAGUUUUACUUCUAGAUGUUCACAUAUCAGUGCACUUUCCUCCCACUCCUCCUCUUCCUCAUCCACCUUCCCUCACCUCCUCACCUCGCCUCCUCUCCUCACCUCCUCCACACUCCCUGCCUCCGAUCAGAUGAUGUAGUAAAUAAAAUUAUAUAUAUAAAUAUAUAUAUAAGGAGAGCUGAGAAGAGAGAAAAGCUCCGAGUAAGAAAUGAUGAUAAUAA